GCCCAUAAAAUGUGAAGUCAAAACACCAGUUCUGAUAGAAAUCAUUGAUGAAGAAGAACAAGAUAAAAAAUUUGAAGUAGCUGAAAGGCAUCAAGUAGAAGAUACAGAAGAUGAACAAUCUGAUAAAGAUGAAAUAGAUGAAGUCCAUGAUACUAAAGAUGAAAUAGAUGAAGUCCAAGAUACUGAAGAUGAAGAAAUGGAACUAGAAGAGAAAGGAAAGACAAAAGAUGAACAACAAGAAGAGCCAGAAGGUAGUGAACAAGUUGUGGUUGAAAGCAGAAAGACAAAAAAUAAAAAAAAACAAUUUGUGAUAGAAAAUAGUGAUAAUUCAAAAGAGUUGGAUGCAUGGACAAGCCAAGAUCAAGAUCAAGAAGGUUAUAACAGUGAACAAGUAAACAAUAAACAAAUAGAAUGA